AUGGAGCCCACCUUCCGACUCAAGUUUGGGGCCAACUCGAAAAGACCAGCCACACCCCUUUACAUCGAUGAGAAUCCCCUUUUAGGAUCUCGUGACAAUCAACCUUAUGUUACCUGUCUUGACUAUAAUUCUGCCAAUUCGUCACUCCUCGCAGUUUUCUCCUCACCAGGAGAUUGUAUCGCUCUCUUAGAUGCAACCGCGGCGGCGUCCAACCUCCAGCAGCCAUUACGCCGGAUUCAAACGUUCAAGCCACACCAAGAUGGAACUGGAACAUCGACCCUUGUUAAUACCUCGGAUCCAUCAACCUUCUGGUCGGCAGGAACGGAUGGUAGAGUUAUUCAAUGCGACAUGCGCACCCAACCAAGCGCACGUCUCAUUCUCAAGGGAAAAUGGAGUCAUAGGCGGCCUUUUCUCAGCAUGGAUGUGUCUCCGGACGGUAACACGGUCAUAGCUGGGACAGAAAAGGAUGGUGAAGACGCAUCGAUCGUAUUCUGGGAUCCUCGUAAUCCAAAACAACCGCUGGCGACUCAUACAUCCACCCACUCGGACGACAUCACCAGCUUGCAUUUCGACCCCGACUUGUCUUCGUCGAGUUCUGACAGUCGACAUAUUCUUUCGGGCAGCACCGAUGGUCUCCUCUCGCUUACCAAUUUACAAAACGUCCUCAACCCCACCAUGGACGAAUCAAACGAAGAUGAAGAUGAGGACGCUGUCGAGCACGUCGCCAACUGGGGAUGUUCCGUCGCCCGUUGCGGAUGGAUCCCAGGUGAUGGGUUGAGGGUUCGUGAACAUCAAGACAGGUCAAAUAUCCCCAAAAUAUGGAGUACGAGUGACAUGGAGACGAUGGGCCUCUGGUCCGCAGAGCUGGAUCCCGUCCGCGAAUAUGGCGACGUUCGGCAGAGCUCGAGUCCAGAGCAGUGGAAGACGGACUAUGUGAUUGAUGUCAAAUGGGUGGACAAGCAUCGAGGCGAUGCGAGACCUUGGGGCGAGAGUGGGCUACUGAAGUGGUGUGGGACAAACGAAGGCGAUGUUGCUCUCCUUCGUCUGAGCCAUUCAGACAGCUCGAAAUGGACCAUCGAGCGAAUAUUGAAGAAUGGUCAUUCUGAUAUUGUGCGUUCAGUAUGCUGGACAAAGGAGGGAGUGCUGUUUACUGGUGGAGAGGAUGGAAAGAUCUGCAUAUGGGAUUCUUCAAAACAAGACACACAAAGAGACAAGGAUGGUGACGUGGAAAUGGUUAGUGGGGCGGAGGUUGGGUCGCCGCAAUCGCCUGGAGACGUUCAGCGGCGUAGACGAUCUCCCCAUGAGGAUGAACCCAAGAUUCUGAAACGGCGGAAACGGGAGGAAUAA